AGAGAGAGAGGGAGAGAGAGAGAGAGAGAGAGAGAGAGCUGCUAACCCACCCACUGGAAAACGGAAAUGUUCAAUGUGUUCAGAACAGCUUGCAUAUUUCACUCUGACAAUUCACUACCAUAUUUUCCAACAUGGUAGUGGUUUGAAAACAGAGCUGGAUCGAUGCACGGAACAGUAGCAUCCUCAUUGGAGUGGCUGUCACAUGAAUUCUUUGGAGACUUCUGGAGAAAAGAGAAAGAAACUGAAACGGCAUGAAUGAAUUAAUCAGCCCUAUUAUCACAGUGUCUGCAGGGGACCUGAUUAAGAGCUUCUAUCAGCGCUGGAUAAAAAACAGUAGGUUUGCCUUUUAUUCUCUCAAUCUCUUCUUCAAUGCAUAUCUGAAAAAGUCUGAGAAAAAAGAACAAUCAAAGUAAGUCAUCUUCGAAUAGUGGCAGAGCCAGCCUGCACUGAAGCAAACCUUUCUUCUGUGUGAACCAGACUUCUCCCCCCCAUCGAAAAGAACAUGAAAUGUCCUUUCAAACACCUGUAAAGUGAUGACUAUCAUGUGGGAACUUGAGAAGCUGAUGUAUGACACAGUUAUGAAUCAAGUGAGAAAUAUCCAGUUUCCAUGAUGUUCUGGAAGGCCUUACCACAAAAUAAACAAGAGGAGAAAAUUUGAACAGUUUUUCAUGAGUGUUUGCAACAUGGAUUUCUGUAGUUGUGUAUACAAAUCUGAGGCAUAAGUACAACCAGGCUUUCUUUAAGUUCCCAAAUUCUGUGUAGAGACUAACAAUUGUGGCAAAAGGUUGUUUUACACUCUGUCUCUCUGAACCACUGACUUGUGGACAAUACAGCAGUUACUUGUGGAUUUAGAUUUUGAAUGACAAAUAGGCAAAGACAAUUUCUCUAGAAAUAAUCAUGACUGAUAAUUUUACAUGUAACAAGACAGAUGGAGACAAUACAGAUUUUCGGUACUUCAUUUAUGCAGUGACAUACACUGUUAUUCUUGUGCCAGGCCUCAUAGGGAACAUAUUAGCCUUGUGGGUAUUUUAUGGCUAUAUGAAGGAAACCAAAAGGGCUGUGGUAUUUAUGAUAAACCUAGCCAUUGCUGACUUAUUACAGAUUCUCUCUCUGCCACUGAGGAUCUUUUACUACUUGAACCAUGACUGGCCAUUUGGUCCUGGUCUCUGCAUGUUUUGUUUCUACCUGAAAUAUGUUAACAUGUAUGCCAGCAUCUACUUCUUGGUCUGCAUCAGUGUGCGAAGAUUUUGGUUUCUCAUGUACCCCUUUCGUUUCAAUGAUUGCAAGCAGAAAUAUGACUUGUAUAUCAGCAUUGUUGGCUGGCUGAUCAUCUGCCUUGCCUGCCUACUCUUUCCUCUCCUCAGAACCAAUGAUGAUACUUCAGGUAACAGAACCAAAUGCUUUGUGGAUCUUCCUAUCAGGGAUGUCAAUCUGGCCCAAUCUGUUGCCAUGAUAACUAUUGGAGAAGUAGUUGGGUUUGUUACUCCUCUUAUGAUUGUUCUAUACUGUACUUGGAAGACAGCUUUAUCAUUACAAAAUAAAUACCCCAUUUCUCAACAUCUUGGAGAGAAAAAGAAAGCCCUGAAGAUGAUUCUGACCUGUGCAGGGGUGUUUCUAAUUUGCUUUGCGCCUUAUCACUUCAGCUUUCCUUUAGAUUUCCUGGUUAAGUCCAAUGAAAUUAAAAGCUGCUUAGCCAGAAGAGUGAUUCUAAUAUUUCAUUCUGUGGCCCUGUGUCUGGCAAGUCUGAACUCCUGCCUCGACCCAGUAAUAUAUUAUUUCACCACUAAUGAGUUCAGAAGACGUCUUUCAAGACAAGAUUUGCCUGAUAGCAUCCAACUCCAUACAAAACCAUAUAAAAUUGGGAGUAACCAUGCCACUUCUACCAUGGCAGCUGAACUAUGCUAAAUAAAACCAAGAAAUGAAAGUGGCCUGGACUGCCAGUACUAGAACACAUUUGCAGUACUCCAGCAAGACAGUAUUCACAGAAAGUAUUCAUAACCAUAUCGUGUGUUCUAUAUUAUUUACAUGAAGAAUGCACAUAUUUAGGACAACACUUGUUUAAAGUAUUAUAUUUCAAUAUCAUUGCUGGUGACAUGUCCAUGCAGUAAUGUCGGACCAAGUCUUUAAGACUUAAUUGGUAAAAUUUUGAUAACACUCUGCACACAUACACUCUCAGCAAGAGUAAUCAGCUUUAUCUGUGAACCUAAGUCACAACGAGAUUGCUAUCUCAAACACAUUUUAAGCAGAGUUUUCUUACCUCAGAUACUAAAUCUAUGUUCAAAAGGUGUGCAAUUGUCUGUUUGCCAUAGUGAUCACAGUUUGCAUUCCAACAACAUAUUUGGUUGUAUUUAAAGUGGAAUGGGCAAAACUUUAUGUACACAAAAUGUUAUAAAAAUAGGGUAAUUUUUAUCUCCCAAGUGUGAUUCCAUUCAAGGAUUUGAAAUUCCAGUGCUUGAUUUCUUCAGUUAGUUUCAAUAUGAAACAUCAACUGUAAUAUUACUUGUUGAAUGAAGUUCUCAAAUCAGGUUUCGGUACACUUAAACUAAGAACAACAAACAUUUAUGACACACAGUAAUCAUGUACAAUUGUAUAAAAUGCUACAUUGAAUAUUCCAAGAGCAGGUAGUUUUCUUCAGUUAACUCAACGUGACUCAGAUGGUCUUUAUGCUUUAGAGAAAGGAAAGAGGUGCCAACCACAAUUCUGGCUCCCUGAAACUAGUUCAGAAGAACACCUUCAGAAAUAUAUGAACCUGCCUAGGAGAGGAAUAGUUUUUCAUCGUAAUUUAGAAUUACAUUGAAGAAAUAUUACAGGUUAUUACUGCAUUUACUGAGCCUAUGGAAUAAACAGUGUGCCAAUUAGUCACUAAACUUGGACAGAGUAAAAAUAAGAACCAAAGUGAAGUAUAAGUCUUAAAAUUACUAUUGUCCUUCAAAUAUUAUCCAAGGUAAAGGGUGCCUAUUAAGGCAUCUACGCAAGUCAGAUUAAGACAUAAAGACAUUGGUCAUGUGGACUUCUAAAUCUGCAUUUUUUUCAGUUAAGUUAUAUGAUAAUUAAGCCUACAAAGAUUACCUCCCAGAAACUGUUAAAAGCAAUUUGUUCACCUUUUAAGAAAAGUCUGAAUCAUUCCCGCAGCCUUACACACUCCUUAUAAAAGCUAUGUCUAUUACCUGUUUGAUACUAUUGAUUAGGAAAAUCUCGGGUAUGUGGCUGUAAGUACUGAAAUAUUCUGAAGCAUGAUAUACAUUAUAAAUAAGAUUACUUUUAAAAAUCUUUGAAUAGAAGAAUGGGGAGAAAACAUUCUUCUUUACAUUGAGAAAAUAUAGAAAUCAAGCAAGAAAUAUACAUACAUACAUACAUGCAUACAUACAUACAUACAUACAGUGUAGUUUUAGGCACAUAGUUAAUGAUACUAUAUGUUUUGGGGGAAAUUCAUUAAAUUGACAUGAAUUUUAGCUUUUAAUACUAGUGGGAAACUUCUAAAGUUUUCUCUGAGUAAGUAACAAAAAGUAUUGCUUAUGUUUGUACAGUUUAUGGAAAUGAUAAUAGAUUAGGAAAAUGAGUUUGUGCUGCUAGCAACAGUAUAUUUAUAUAUUUCCUAGUUAUUCCCUGUAAUGUAUAUAUGUUUUGAUGUAUUAAAUUAGUGUUAAAUUUUGUUUUCAAAAGAGAAACUAUAAAUGUGUGUGGUCUAUUUGUUUUAAAGUGAUUUCUGUUUGACUGUAAUUUUGUAUUGUAAUGAGAUUACAAGUAAUCAUUUAUGAAACUAUGAAACAACUGUGGGUUUUUGAAAUAGAAUUCACACUUAAAACAUCUAUGCUUAUUAUAUUUUGUAGCAUUUAAAGUCACUUUGGGAGAUCACUGUUUGAACUUUUUCUAACAUUGAUUUCACUAUACUCAUACCAUCUCUUUAAGGGAGAGGAAAUAUUCCUAGGCUAUUAUUGACCAUCGUAGUGUGACUGAGAGUACAGCUGAUUUGUUAGAUAGUCCUUCUACAUCAUUUAGGAAUAAGUCAAGUGUCUAAUGAUUUUAUGUUAUUUAUCUAUCCAGACAUGUCUAUCUGGGUUUGUAUUCAGCAUCUGAAUACUGAAUCAGAAUCACUUUCUUGAUUCUUCAUCUUCCUUGCCCUUACAUUUGAAUUUUGCUCUAUCCCCUUCCCCUUUUGAUCAACUUAUUCACAAUAAGGUGCUAAUUACAAUGUUAAUUUCAUAUUAAUUUGCCAAGGAAUAUCUUAAGUUCAUACCUUAGAAAUAGGCAUUAACACAAAAUGGUGAAAUUGAAAUGAAGUGCUUGCAGGCACAGGUAGAUGUGGUAGAGGGGAAGAUACUGUAAAGAGAGUGAGUCUUAUUACAAUCCUUUCAAAUAAUGCAUUGCAAAUGACCAUCUACUUUGGUUGCCAUUAUGAGGAUGCUAAAUUCCAAUAAAUAGCUCCAUAAACAUGGGUAUACAUUUUCCAGAUUUUUUUCUUUUACCCUUCUCUCUCUUCUAACACUGGACUUAGUUUGCAGGAGAAAUAUAGUGCUUCAGCUACUACUAAGCAGCUGCCUCUUUACUGAGGUUCCAUUCUCUUUGGAAAGUUUUUCUUCAGAUCUCUUAUUUAUCAUUUUGAGUUCUAUAAGAUUGAAUACAAAGAGAAUCUGAAUUGUGGCACUGUAUAAUUAAAGAUAAAUUAUCUCAUAUUUCUUUUAUAAAGUUGUUAAAUUUUAGUCUUAAAAUAAUGCAAAUUAUUUUAAUGAGAAAAUUUGAAUAUAGAUUGUUUUAAUGCUAAUAAUAUUGUCUUUAUUGUUGCUUUUAUUAUUUUAAUGAAAUGGUUUAUAUGUUAUAUGUCUUCAUUUUCAUGUAAUAAAACAGCAAAUCCUAUUAAUCAGUAGUUUAUGAAGAGGAGCCAUUUGCUUUACAAAUAACAAACUAAGUUAUCAUGCUUUAUAUGGAUUCAUCAGUGGAACUCUGAACAACUUAAUUUUUAUGCCACCUUUUGAGUUAACUUCCAAAAUACUGUGAAAUUUUGUUACUAGAGUUUAUUUACAGCUCUUAUUUAUCAUAUAAUUUUAAUAAUAAAGGUUAUCUAUGUAAUUAAAUGCAAUUUUCCUGA